GUGUGUGAGUGCGAGUCCACUCAAGAGCUGACACACACACACACAGACACUGCAGUGGAGACGGAAAGUGCAGAACAGACAGAUAGAUAGAGAGAGACCGCGCGCUUUUACGCAUCAUCAUCCUCCUCCUCCUCCUCAUCACCCCAGUGCGGCUCUUAUGCGAGCUGCGGCGUGGCCGGAGAGUGUGAGCGCGCACGGGUCAUGGGGGGAAACCUGGGGUGCCACCGCUCGCUCCCGGGGGACCCCGUGGACGCGCGGCAGCGCGGGCGCAAGUUCAGCGCGACCUGCAGCUUCGCGCACGUCUCCGCGCACAACCUCGCGCGCCUGAACGUGAACGCGGCCAGCGAGGAGGAGCUCAUGACCCUGCCGGGGGUCAGCCGGGCGGUCGCGCGCGCCAUCGUGGAGCACCGCGCGCGCAUCGGCGGCUUCCGCAAGGUGGAGGACGUGGCGCUGGUGAGCGGCAUCGGGGCCGCCCGGCUGCAGCUCAUCAGGCCGGAGAUCUGCGUCUCCAGCCGCCGGAGGAGCAGCAACAACAACAACGUUGUCAGCGGCGACCCGCGCAAGGAGCACGAGCGGCACCAGCACCGCGCAUCCGUGACGCUCUCGUGGACGCCCUCCAGCCGCCCGAGCUCGCCCGGCGCCGGCGCGCACCCGCAGCUGCACCUGCCCCCCGGCGGACCCGCGCACAUGGCGUCCGAGCGGCCCGAGGUGCAGCCGCCGCCGCCGCGCGCGCGCCACGGCAAGCCCGUGCUGCGCGUCGCCACGUGGGACCUGCAGCGCUGCUCCAGCGACAAAGCCAACAACCCGGGGGUCAAAGAGGUGGUGUGCAGGACCCUGCUGGAGCGAGAUAUCAAGUUGCUAGCCGUACAGGACCUGGCCGAUCAGCAAGCGCUGGAUAAGUUUUGCACAGAGCUCAAUCAGCCGACUCUCUCCAGCGUGUGUCAUUGGAAAGGCCCUCGUGGUGUGUGGAAAUGUGCUGCUUCUGGGAAACCCACUGGGGAGUCCUCUAAUGGUUCAGAAUAUUCUGGUUUCCUCUGGGACUCCUCGGCUGGCAUCCAGCUGAAAGAGGCCGUGGUUUUGGAGAGCGCUGCUGCUAACGGCAACGGGAACGACGCCCAGCCCAAAGCGUACCUCGGACACUUUUAUAUCGGAUCGUCCGAGCUCACCGUAGUCAACGUGCACCUCAAACCUCCACUGGCACCCAAGCAGCAGAAUGGGCGGAGCCACAAAUCAGAAGAAGCCAAAGCCCAUAGGCUGAGCCCUGGAGUGCAGGAGACUCUGAGAGGGGUGAAGAACGUGUUGGUCGUCGGAGGCUUUGGUCUUCCACCAGACAAUGCUCAGUUUGAGGCUCUGAAGAAGGAGAAGCUGAGCGCCCUGGUGCCUUCCUCAGUCAACACCAACAUCAGCACCAAAGCACCGCAGGGAUCCAGCUGCCUGGACAACAUCUGGGCCAGCCGGAGCAUCAAGAAGCUCUACACAGGUCAUUACUUUGUCGUGCGGGAGGGCCUGACCAACCCCUGGAUCCCUGAUAAUUGGUCAUGGGGCGGAGUGGCCUCGGAGCAUUGUCCCAUCAUGGCAGAGUUUUACACAGAUUGCACAAACGAGCAGAUGACGAAGGAGCCUCUGCACAACGGUAGCAGCGUGGCGGUGGUGGAGAGGGAUGAAAUCACACCCAAACACGAGCGGUGACCCUUGAACUCGGGCUGUGGAGACGGCGUCACGGUGGCAUGACAUCACUACAGAGAGAGACUGAGAUGGACUGAGGCUGCGUCUUUUUUCAGCUAUUGUACAGUAGAGAUGAUUUUAAAUGUAGAGAAAUAAUCAGAUAUUUAAGGAAAUGAGAGAGAGAGAUAUGUAUUAUUAAAUUUUUAAAAUUACACAUGUGCUAAAAACUUUUUAAUGAAGUACAUGGAAUAAAGCAAUAAUGAGAAUUUAACUGAAAAAAAUGUUCAGUUGACAGAAAGACAUUUGUGUAAAUUUCCUGUUUAACACUUCCUCCGUUUCAGUAACAAAGAGUCGCAAAUUAAUAUUUUAAAUAUAUCUGAAUCAGCACUGCUAAACAUUUACAAAUAUAAAAACAAUUCAAGUGUCAAAGAUCAACUUCAUACCUUCAUUCAUCAACUUUGUGGUUUCACAAAGUGCUUAUAUGAGUUACAUCAUUUUAAAUGUAACAAAAU